CUUGUUAUAAGCGGCAGUAGUUAUAGAGUUUUGUGUUUACAGCAUUGUAUGAAAUAUCGAAAAUAGUUUUGCAAAAGUACUAAGCAAAAUGCGUCGGAUAUAAAAAAUAAGCAUCGGCCGACUGCACUAAGAUGGACGCUAAUGGAGGCCGCGCAGUGCGUUAUGCGUCACCACUCCGCGACGCCGCUGCCCCCACGUGUUACUGCGCAGUGAGAGGUCCCUUUGGCGCAUAAUUUGCGGAAAUGGGGGAAGAAAGCGAAGCGCGGAUCGGGGAGAGGGUCUAUACGUUCCUACGGGGAGAGGGGGAAGAAGGACGGGAGAUGUGUGUGACCAUCCCUGAGGUGCUGGACUGUCAGUACGGCAUGUAUGUGUGGCCCUGUGCCGUCGUGCUGGCGCAGUAUCUCUGGUGUCACCGGAAGGAUCUGCCAAACAAAAGGGUGUUGGAGGUUGGCGCGGGUGUGAGCCUCCCUGGCGUUCUGGCUGCCAAAUGCGGUGCCAAAGUGAUUCUCUCCGACUCGGCGGAGCUGCCACAAUGCCUGGAAAACUGCCGGCGAAGCUGUAACUGGAAUAACAUCACCGGAGUUCCUGUCGUCGGUCUGACCUGGGGCGAAAUCUCUCCCGAGCUUCUCGAUCUGCCGCCCAUUGACAUUAUCUUGGGGUCAGAUGUCUUCUAUGAACCCAAAGACUUUGAAGACAUCCUGUUAACCGUGCGCUUUCUGAUGGAGAGGACACCCCGGGCUGAGUUCUGGACCACUUACCAAGUCAGAAGUGCUGAUUGGUCGAUUGAAGCGCUGCUGUGCAAAUGGAAUCUGAAAUGCACCGGGGUUCCGCUUAAAACGUUUGGUGCUGACAGAGAGUGCCUGGCCGGUUCAGAGCUUCCCGGAAGGCACACGGUGCAGAUGAUGAUUAUAACGUUGGAUAGGGAGGCUGCUGGCUGCACUGCAUGAGCGGGGAGACCCCUGGGAGGAGCCACCGCUCAUUUAUUUAUGAGCAACAACAGAAGCCUCUUCUCUACAUUCUGCAUCUCACUGAUGGAUCAAGCAAGGGGGGAGAAACAAUGGCAGGAGAGUAAGUUUCACCACUUAGAUAUUGUCUACUUUCUACAUUUAUGCUGGUCAUAAAUAUAUACUGUUACCCUGGCAACCAAGCAAUUCCUUGUCUAAUUCUAG